UGUGUUGUCAUUUUUCUUCUCAUCUCCGAGAAGGAAAGUCCGGAGAUGGGAAGAAAAACAUGGUGUUGGUUUAUGAACAACAAUAUAAGACACAUAAAAACUUUGAUAAGGUACGAAGUUAAAGAAGAAGAAGCUGCAUUGAUCUUCCCAAAAGAUCCUCCAUGGUUCAAGGCAUGGAUGGUUCCAGUGAUGAUGAUUUUUGUUUUCUUUAUCGUCGCUGUUGUAGGAAUUUGUCGACGUUGUCGAAAUUGUCGCCGUGGUGAAAAUUCUCCCAGCAUCCAUCCUAUCUCGCAGACCACAUAAUUUGUUUAGAUUUCUUUUCUUAUCAAAUGUAAAUUCCUUUCUGGUGCAAUGUGAAUUCUACAGU